CAAUACAUUCGUGCCUAUCAAACUUUAUUUGAUGGAACGGAACGAAUGGGUCAAGAUAGAGGAAUAUUUAUUUCCAGAGAAGACUACAGGAACGGAAAUACGUUAUUUGGAUUUAAUCUCUCCCCAAAUCUAUGUUCAGGAGAACAUUUAAAUCUGAUUAAGCAUAGCAAUUUGAGAUUAGAACUGAAAUUUGCCAAAUCACUGAAAAAAACAGUAUGCGUUAUCGUUUUUGCCGAAUUUGAAAAUUUGAUUGAAAUUAACAAGUCAAGAAAUAUUUUAUUCGACUUCGGAAAUUGAAGAAUGGAUGGAUUGCAACUAUUCAACAUUUUAUCGCAAGAUAAGAUAACAACACCUUACUUUCAAGGCGUAUAUUCAAGAGAUACGCUUCCGAGUCUCCGAGAAAACACAUGUGCUAUCACGAAUUCAGAUGACUCAUCACAACCUGGAACUCACUGGCUAGCGUUAUUUGUGAAUGAUCAAAGACAGUUAGAGUUUUAUGACUCAUAUGGGAAGCCUCCAGGAUAUUACAACGUGAAUACCGCUUCCUACACGGACGUACUAUGGAAUUCCAAAGUGUUUCA